AUGAAGUUCACCGCUCCGGCACCACUGAGCUUGAUGCUCACCUUGCUCUGUGCAUGCACAGACGUUGUCUGGGCCAAGGAUGCGUCGACGGUGAUUUCCGGCAUGGAGAAUCUUCGUCAAAGUGUCGACAGUGCUCACUCCGUGUUUAAAUCUUACGAUGGCGGAUGGUUGAAAUCUUUGGAGCUUGGACGCGCAGUCUGGGAUGUCUACUCGUCAACCAAGUCUGCUAGGGGACAUUGGGAGUCGGCUCCGCCCUUCGACAGCCAUGAUGAUGUAGCCGAUAUCUUGGUGACCUAUCAUGCGAUGAGAAGCUCCAUUGCGGACGCCAUGACUCUUGCUGGAAGCAAGGGGUCAGUUUAUGACAAAAGCGGCCUUCGGCUCAUGGCCAUGGGUAUGAUGCAGAUGUUUGAGAAUGAAAGAAACGAGUUUCAAAAUUCUGCACGAGCGAAGAUUCCCGAAUCGUUCCAUAAUGAUAUCGCAGGUCCGGUGGCCAAUCUAAAGACAGAAUUCCAAAAUGCGAUGAAAGCGCUCGCAUAA